AUGCACGCUUGCCGAAGCUGCUCUGCAAGGCAGUUGCAGAAGGCUGUGCGCACAGUGAUCCUGACAGCAACGGUCAGCAACAGCUGCGUCAAUUGCUCGCACAGCCUCUGCUCGCAGCUCUUCAGACUGAUCCGCAGUUGUCUCCUGGCGGGAUGCCGGCGAUUCCGCGGUGCGAACCCAGCGGUCGACGACUUCCUGUUCUUGUUGGUCGUGCCGGAGUUUACAGGCUCUUUCAACAACGACCUUGACUUUGUGGCACACCUCUGUGUGAGUCAUUCUGUAGCCAGCUUCGCGCGUCAGCUCUUUGAGGACGAGCGGAGAGUGAGCCACUUCUACUGCGACUGCGCCAUCAUGCGGGACGAGGAGCUGCACUUGGCCUUCGUCUCCUCGCUCAUGGCGUUGGAGCCCGUGAAUUUUCAUCCGGACUCGCCUUACUUGGCUCAGCAAUGCCUUCGGGCCUCUUUGGACAAUCUUCGACUCCAGCCGGUUCUGUGGCUCCAACAGGGCAGUGGGAAGCUGGAAGAUCACGUGCCGGCAGCUCGCCCGGACAAGGUGCUACCAAAGACGGACCUGGGAGCCCUCAGAAGCAAGGGCUCCUUGUCCAGCGUGUUGGCAGGCUUCCUGGCAGGCAAGCGUCGAGCCGUGGACCGGAGCCUCGAAGAAGGCCCGGGGAAGUUCAUUGAGAAGGUCGUGGAGAAGAAAGAUGACGACAGCCCGGCAGCCGAAAGUGCCGGUGCGGCCGAUGCUGCACAGGCAGCUGAUGGCCCUGAUGCGGCGGACAUGGUGCAAGACAACACGGCUGAAAAGCUGGAGGAGGCCGCCCUGGCCUUGAACGAGACGGAGGAGCUUCUGAGGCAGAUGGAGUUCGAGGCGCAAGAGACCCGGAGCCGGCCUGACCUUGAUCCAGAAGAACCCACCAAGGCUCUGCUUUCGGAAGCCUUGACCAGCUGCUUCAACGUUUUGGACCUGGAGGACAUGGCAACGGAGUGUCCGGUGGAUGACGAAGGCCCCUUCGAUGCCCAUGCCGUCGAAGGCUCUGACGUCCAGCCUGCCUGCGAAGGCGCAGGCCUACUGAAGGAGAACCAGCAUUCUGUGCUUGGCGGCUCAGCUGCGGACCUCGGCGCCGAGCUCGCAGAUGCCUUUGGGCUGAAUGCGUCUAUGCCAAGGGAAGAUGUUCCGGAGGUCGCGAUUGGCUUGCGUGACCUUGUCCAUGCUGGGAGCAGGGCCAGGCAGGGAGAUGCACAGAGAUCGUACUUGGGGAGAAGAUCUGUGCCCGAGAUCGGAUCGCUUCCCAUGCAGGCUUCGCCUUCCUCGAGCGGCAGGUUUCGAGCAGUCACAGCGACCCUUCCACUCGACGACCACAGCGCAUCGGCUGGUGAGGCUGAUGAGGCUGACGAUGCCAUCGCCGCGCUCGAGGGGCUUUGGAGGGACUCGCGACAGGACACUGCCAGAAGACUCAUGAGGGCCUCCAUUUCCGUGGCAUCCUCCAAGCUUGCCCGCAGUGACGCGCGGUCACGCGGAGCCAGUGACGCAAAAUCGGAGUCAGGCGCUUCGCACCCAGGCUCUUCCAGAGCAGCGCAUUUGGAGUCUCCGUUUUCGGGAGACGGCUCGGGCAGCGACUCUGAGACUUCCUCCCAGCGAUCGGUGUCAACGCCGUCCCUGCUCGCGUUGCAGGGUGAGCCUUCGACACUUUUUCCAUCGCACGGGGUCCACUUGGAGUGGAAGUUGAAGAUGCACACUCGGCUUCCGAAGGAAGUGCAGGUGUCCAGACAACGAGGUCUGUGUCCUGGGUGCAGAGGGAGACUUCCUGCUAUCUCGCUCUUCCAGGGGCCCAGAUACUGCCACUACAUGGGCUACUAUUUCUGCACAGACUGCCACCAUGGCGAUAUCCGUGUAAUCCCUGCCCGAGUGGCGCAGCGCUGGGACUUCGAACCCAAGAAGGUGUGCAGAGCCGUUGCGAAGUACUUGGACCUCCAAGUCAACCAGCCCCUCGUUCCCAUCACCAGCAUCCGGCAGACGAAGGUGUCUUCCCAAAAGAUCUUGACUGAGAUCCACAAUUGUCGUCAGCAGCUAAGCAGGAUAAAGGACAUUGUGGCCGAGCAGGGUUGCGAGUUCGGAGUCCAGAUGCACAGCUUUGUGGCGCAGCUUGAUGCCCACAUCGCCCGCGGCCACGAGUACUACGCCAUGCAGGACCAUUCAGGUUGGUUGUCCCAUUCCGUCGGUCGGCUAACUGGACGCUCGCCCAUCUUUGGUGAUCGUACCAUCGCCCACCUACCACCUCCCGAAAUCUGUUGGCAUGUCCUCCACCUGUGUUUCCGGGCUAUCUUACCGAACCCUCAGAGCGUUAGCCACAGUUCUUGCUGUGAUACGGAAAAAGCUGGCUAG